AUGGUGACCGAUAAAGACGUUUCAACUAUUACUGAGCUGGGAGUCUCGAGAUCAUAUCACGAAGGUGAGAUGACUGAGGAUCUUCAGAAGACCGAUGCCAGAAUUUACGACAAAGCAGCUGAAAGACGGUUAUGUCGUAAGCUGGAUAUGAGAAUCCUUCCUUUUAUUGCUGUCAGUUAUCUGUUCUGUGCUCUAGAUAAGGGUAAUAUCUCAAAUGCCAAGACAGAUGGCCUUGAUAAAGACCUGGGCAUGUCUGCUUCUCAGUGGAAUAUCAUGUUGAGUAUUUUCUAUAUUCCAUUUGUUUUAUUUGCAUUCCCCAUCACGUUUAUCAUUAAGAAGUACAAUGCUGCUAAUGUCAUUCCUAUUUUGAUGAUGUGCUUUGGUGGCUUAUCUCUGAUCGCUACUGGUGUGACUAAUUUCGGUGGUAUCAUGGCAGUCAGAUUCUUGCUUGGUAUCAGUGAAUCAGCUUUCUUCCCUGGUAUCAUUUACUACUUGUCCACAUUUUACAGAAGAACCGAGUUGGCUAGAAGACUAUCUGUCUUUUAUGCUGCUGCCAAUAUCGCUAAUGCUUUCAGUGGUUUGUUAGCUUUUGGUGUGUUCCAGAUUAAGAGUCAUCUUCAUGGAUGGCAAUACUUGUUCCUUAUUGAAGGUGCUUGUACUGUUAUUUUUGCUGCUAUUGCUUUCUUGUGCUUGCCUAGAUCUCCUGCUGAGGCUAAGUUUUUGAGCCAAGAGGAGAAGGAUUUGGCUUUCUACCGUAUCCAAACAGAUUCCUCGGCUGUCGUUGGCGAGAAAAUCAACUUCAAGGACACUGUUAAAGUGUUCCUUCACCCUGUCACUAUUGGAUGGUUGUUCCAAGAAUUGUGUUUGGGUGUACCAUUGAACUCUAUUAAUAACUGGUUCCCUCAAAUUGUUGCAAGUCUUGGAAAGGGAACUGUUCAAACCAAUUUGUACACAGUCGCUCCUAAUGUUUCUGGUGCUGUUUGUCUAUUGAUUUUGGCCUUUGCAUCCGAUUACGCUAGACUUCGAUCGGUUUUCAUUAUGACUGCAUUUUUCCUUUCACUCAUGGGCUUUGCUGUCUUCGGUGCCAUUGAUACUCAAAAGCACGUUGGUGUGGCAUACUUCAGUUGUUUCCUUAUGACUGCCGGUGGUAGUGCCAGCAGUGUUUUGACAUCUACUUGGUAUAACAACAACACUCCCGGUGAAACCAGAAGAGCUGUUUUGUCUGCUGUGGGUAUUCCCUUGGCUAAUGCUGCAGGCCUUAUCUCUGCCAAUAUCUUCAUCGACCCUCCAAAAUAUGUCACUGCCCUGGGUAUCACUGCUGGUUUCGGUGGUCUCGGCUUGAUUAUUUGUGCCUGUAUCACCUUGUAUAUGAUUUUCGAUAACAGAAGACGUAACCGUCUCCAGGGUGUCAAGCUCACUUACCAAGACGUUUCUACUGCUGUAUUAGCUGACGGCCCCAAGAAUCCUCAAUUCAGAUGGAUGUAUUAG